AUGGCUGUGAUGGGUAAGGCAAAAGAAGCAGGACUUCCAUUGAUGAAGUUGGUUAAGUUAAGAGGGAUGCCGAUUUUGCAGCAAUUGCAUUUAGAGGAACGGCUGCUUCGAACCAGUUCAGAUAAUUGGUGCCUUAUUAAUGAUGGAACCAAUUCCCCUGCCAUUGUAAUGGGCUUGUCUGGGAAACUUUCAGAACUCGUCGAAGCCAAGCCUGUGUUGCGAGAUUGUAUACCCAUUAUCAGAAGGUUUACUGGGGGAGGAACUGUUGUUGUUGACCAUGACACUAUAUUUGUUACUUUGAUAUGCAAUAAAGAUGCUGUUCCAAAUGUGCAACCCUUUCCCCGCAGUAUCAUGUCAUGGAGUGGUUUAUUAUAUAGUGAAGUUUUUGAAGGGCUUGCUGAUUUCCAUCUCCGUGAGAAUGAUUAUGUGUUUGGUGAUCGCAAGUUUGGUGGUAAUGCUCAAUCUAUAACCAAGAAUCGGUGGAUACACCACACAUCUUUUUUAUGGAAUUAUGAGGUCAAGAACAUGUGUUAUCUCAAGUUACCUGCAAAGGCUCCUCAGUACCGAUUAACAAGAAGUCACAUGGAUUUUAUUUGUCGAAUGAAGGAGUAUUUGCCUAGAUCAGAAUUUAUUGAGAGAACCAUUAAGGCUCUUGGCAGCCAAUUUUCGGUGAAAUCCAUUAGCUUGGAGUCCAUAGAUUUUUCCUCUGUUUCUGAAUAUGUUCAUACCACUAAGCUUCUCACUGAGCAGGAAAUUCAGGAAACUUGCACUAUUCAAACUUGA